AUGUCCGUCCUCGUCCUCGGAGCCGGCGAGCUCGGCGAAGCUAUGCUGAAAGCCCUCACCUCACACCCCUCCCGCCCAAAGAACUCACCCAUCUCCGUCCUCCUGCGCCCGUCGACGAUAUCGUCCACAGACCCCGCCAAGGCCCAAAGCGUAGCCGAAAUCAGAUCCCUCGGCAUUUCCCUAGAAGCAGGCGACGUCGUCAACGACUCCGUAUCCCACCUAUCCUCGAUCUUCAGCAAAUACGACACGGUCAUCAGCUGCACGGGCUUCGUCGGGCCCGCAGGGACGCAGCGGCGCAUCUGCGAGGCCGCGCUGCAGGCCGAGGUCCCCCGCUACGUCCCCUGGCAGUUCGGCGUCGACUACGACGUCAUCGGGCGCGGCAGCCCGCAGGUCCUCUUCGACGAGCAGCUCGACGUGCGGGACAUGUUCCGGGCGCAGACGCGGACGGGGUGGAUCGUCGUCAGCACGGGGCUGUUUACGAGUUUCCUGUUCGUUAAGGAGUUCGGGGUCGUCGACUUCGAGGAGAGGAAGGUGAGGGCGCUCGGGGGCUGGGACGUGGAGAUUACCCUUACGGGGCCGGAGGACAUCGCGAGGAUGACGGCGGAGGUCGUGUUUGCGCCGAGGGGGGUCUCGGGGGGCGUGGUUUUCGUUGCGGGCGACACGGUCUCGUACGGGCGUGCGGCGGAACUGGUGGAGAGGAGGUUUUCUGGGGUGAGGUUUGAGAGGGAGGUGUGGGAUGCGGCGUUGCUGGAGGAGAAUCUGAGGGGGGAUCCGGGGGAUGUGUGGAAUAUGUAUCGUGGGAUCUUUGGGGGUGGGAAGGGGAUCUCGUGGCCGAUGGAAAAGACGCUGAAUUAUGAGCGCGGUAUCGAGUUGGAGGAUCUGGAGACGUGUUUGAGGAAGAUGAAUACGCCGGAUUGUUUGAAGGCGUGA